AUGACUGUGCCCGACCUGUCAGAACAAGACCCAUGGGAGAGCCGGAAAGCAUGGGGCGAUGUCAUAUCCUCCCUACGCAAAGGUGACAUGAAAGGCGUUUCAGCAGCGAAAAACGCACUCGAAAAUGGCCAAAGGCAAAUGCGAAAGGACGAAGAAGCAAAGGGCGACAAGUUCCAACACGUCUUCUUCAAAAGGGUACCCAAUGAUCCGAUAUUCGACGAAUUGGUCAAGCACGACCCUCACGCUUAUACUGUUGACCCAUCAGGCGGCAUAUGGAAGUCGACAAGCAAGCCGCGGAGCAGCGACAGCGCCCGUUCCAUCGCGACCUAA